AUGGUGCAUCAGCUGUUUGAAAAACAGGCAGAAAUAGAAAGGCAGUUGGCAGAAAUCACUUCUUGUAAGCAGUGUGUGAAGGCAAUGUACAAGAAGCUGAAACCAACAUUGGACAGAACUCCUUUACUAAAGACCCCAAAACAACUGCUGGCCACACCAACCGGAAGAUGCUUGCCAGUCUGUUCACCACAGCAGACACCCUCCCAGACUGGUUCUGAAGAGGCAGAAACCAGAGUUGAGCCUAUGGAAGAUGACAUUCAAUUGGAUACACCAAUGCAAGAAACUGAAGAAUUAGAAGCUAUCGAAAAUACUGAUUGUGGGUAUUAAUUAAACAUGUAAAUAUAUAUAUACAUAUAUCAUUUAGCAUAUUUUUAUGAAACAAUA